CCGAGAAAGCCCAUUUCGCUUUGUGUUCAAACGAGCUCCCACGCUAUGCAUUUUUCACCCGCUGGCUUCUUCUUCAAGUCGCAAACAGAGGAUCCUACCGACGCAGUAGCAUACAAUUCUCAUGCAGUGCAGAAGCUUGUGGACUCUUGCGUGUUCUGAGGCUUGCAGGAGUGUUUUUGUAUUUUUGCUAGAGCCCUGCGAUUCAGUUGCUCAUGUUUUAUGAGGUUUUUCACAAGGGUUUUACGAGUAGGCCGGGUUUGAUAGAAUGGGAGUGAAGGUGGUGAGGGAGGGAGUGGUCGGAUGAGGUAACUCGUUGCUAGCUUUGCGAGUGGAGGAGAUUGAGGGAUUGGUGUUGAGGUUGUGGCAGGGUUUAGGUUGGAGACCAUGCGGUGGUGUGGUGUGGUGUGGUUGGUUGAUCCAUUGUAGACAGGGAGGGAGGAGGAGAGAGUGUGGAGGAGAGAGUGUUGCGGAGUAGAUUGGAAGGAGGGAGGAGACAUUGAGCUGCGAUGGCAACUCCUGCACCGCAGAAGCCAUGGAAGUCGGAAUAUGCGAAAUCGGGAAGAGCUUCCUGUCGCACUUGCUCAAGUCCCAUCGCCAAAGAUGCGUUUCGCCUCGCCAAGAUGGUGCAAUCCACUCAAUUCGACGGCAUGAUGGCUUACUGGCAUCAUGCAGGUUGCAUUUUCAAGAAGAAGAAACAAAUUCAUGAUUGGAACGAUGUUGAAGGAGCUGACACUCUCCGAUGGGAGGAUCAGCAGAACCUUCGCAAAUUCAUUGAAGGUGGACCUGUAGAGGAUGCCAACGAAGAAGGUCAAUCUGCAAAAGGAAAAGGAGCCAAAAGUAAAGCAAAAACUAAGGGCGUAAAUGAAGAUGGAGAUGAAAGUAGUGGGGAGUACGCGAUAGAAAACGCGAAAAGUUCGCGCUCAACUUGCAAAAGCUGCAAUGAAAAGAUUGACAAGGGCCAGGUGCGUAUCUCUACUAUGGUGGCCGCUGAUGGUGGAAGGUUUCGAGGAAAAGUGCCACAAUGGCGUCACGCGAAGUGUUUCCUUUCUAUGGGUCAUUUUUCGGGUCCGUUAGCAAGUUUACCUGGAUGGGACACCCUUACGUCCGAAGACCAGGCCCAAGUUCAAACUCUAGCUAAACCGUCUGCUGCGGCUAAGCGGAAAGAGGCAGUCAAGGAAUCUAAGGCCACGACUGCGAAAGAACCUAAGGCUGGUCGUGGAAAGAAAACUCAAGCUGAACAGGAUGAAACUGUUGAGAAGCCCAACAAACGUAGGAAGCAAAACGAUGGAAAGGAAGCAAAGGCAACUGAUGGUGUCGGUACGACAGUUGCUCCGAAGAAGGUGCCAAAGGCAAAAGGGCCUGUUACUGCAGGCAAACAAACCAAGCUUGAUCCUGAAUUGGAAAGUAAGUUGGAGAAGCAGUCAAAGAGCCUGUGGGAAAUUAAAGAUAAAUUACGUGAACAUGUGUCAAUAGUGGAGCUCCGGGAAAUGCUGGCUGCCAAUAAUCAGGAUACUACUGGCUCGGAGUAUGAUGUGCGGGAGCGCUGUGCGGAUGGAAUGAUGUUUGGAGUCUUGGCGAAGUGUCCACUUUGUGAAGGUUAUAUGGAGUAUCAAGGGGGAUCAUAUAGGUGUCGAGGAUAUUUGUCGGCCUGGAGUAAAUGCACCUUCACGACGUUGACACCCGAAAGAACCACGGCUAAGUGGGAAAUCGGAGAAGCAUGUGACAAUGAUUAUCUUUUAGGGUGGUAUAAGACACAAAGCAAGAUGAAAGGUGAGCGGCUGCUUGUGCCAGCAUCCCAAGCCGAGCCCACCAUCGCUGAGAAGCCUCGUAACUGCAGUGAAUCAUUUCUGGAGGGAUGCGAAUUCGCGGUUAUUGGGAGGCUAUCGAUUACUCAUGCGAAGCUGAAGGAAAAGAUUGAGAAAGCUGGAGGUCGCGUUCGGUCUGGGGCUACUGGUAUUGGAAACACUGUGACAUGCGUUGUUACUACAGAAAAUGUUGUUGAGGAUGAGAAGCAUCGUCGCGAUUUAGAAUAUGCCAGGGCAGUGCCUAUUGUGAAGGAACAGUAUCUCCUUGAUUGUUUCGAGAAGAAGGAGAAGCUUCCUGUGGACGGAUACAGGUUGGAGAUUGGUUCAAAGCCUUCUAUCGUGAAAGUUAAGGUCAAGGGUCGAGGUGCAGUGCAUGAAGACUCCGGGUUGCAAGACACUGGUCACAUUGUUGAGGAAGGCAAAGUCAUAUACACAACAACCCUCAACCGCUCUGAACUCGCUACAGGAAUUAACAGUUUUUAUGUUUUGCAGCUUAUUGAGGAAGAUGCAAAAAAGACAGUCCAUCUGUACAGGAAAUGGGGCCGUGUUGGUAACGACAGGAUAGGCGGUGACAAGAUAGAGAAAUUGUCAAAAGCUGAUGGAAUCAAAGAGUUCAAGCGACUGUUCAAAGAGAAAACAGGAAAUGACUGGGAGUCAUGGGUGAAUCGCGAAGAUUUCGAAAAACAACCGGGAAAAUUUUAUCCUCUUGAUAUCGACUACGGUGUGGAUGAGGUGCCGAAGCCGGAUAAGGCACUUGUUGGUUCAAAAAGUAGGCUGCAUCCACGAGUCAUCAAUCUCAUGAAGAUGUUGUUUGAUCUUGAAACUUACAAGGCUGCUAUGAUGGAAUUCGAAAUUAACAUGUCAGAAAUGCCUUUAGGCAAGCUGAGCAAACGCCAUAUUGAGCGAGGUUAUGAGGUGCUGACUGAGAUUCAAAAUAUUCUGAAGGAGGCCGUACAUGGUCCACGCGAGCAAGGAUUGCUGGUUGAUGCAAGCAACCGCUUCUUCACUUUAAUUCCGACUGUUCAUCCAAUGAUCAUCUCGGACGAGCAGACAUUGAAAUCUAAGAUCCAUAUGUUAGAUGCAUUGCGUGACAUUGAAAUUGCGUCAGAAUUCUUGGGCUCAAAAGUAGAAGAAGGCACUGAGGAGGAGGAUCCACUGGAUACACAUUACAAGAAGCUGCAUUGUGACAUUAGACCUAUUCCACAUGAUAGCGGUGACUUCAAGCUGGUGGAGAAAUACUUGAAACAAACUCAUGCGCCAACCCACACAGAUUGGGCUCUGGAGUUAGAGGAUGUAUUUGCUGUUGACAGAGAAGGAGAAGCUGAUAGUUUUGCACCUUUUAAGAUGUGUCUUGAUAACCACAUGCUGCUCUGGCACGGUUCUCGAACAACAAAUUAUGUUGGUAUUCUGAGCCAAGGUCUGAGAAUUGCUCCUCCUGAAGCUCCAGUAACAGGUUACAUGUUUGGAAAAGGACUGUACUUCGCUGAUUUGGUCAGCAAGAGUGCUCAAUACUGCUAUACCACAAAGAAAAAUCCAACUGGGUUGAUGCUACUCAGUGAAGUAGCCCUGGGUAAAACAAAUAACCUCAAAAGCGCGAAGUAUAUGGAGAAGCCGCUUCGAGGAACUAACUCCACUCUGGGGCUUGGUAAAACGAAGCCACUUGAGACGGAGUUUAAGAAAUUCGAAGGCGAUGUUACCGUGCCAUGUGGCCAGCCAGUACCAUCUGGCAUUCGAAGUGACCUCAUGUAUAAUGAGUAUAUUGUGUAUGAUACAGCUCAGGUGAAACUACGAUUUUUGUUGAAGGUCAACUUCAAGCACAAGCGCUAAGUUUCCCAACCAUUUCCAGUUGACAACUCAAUCCGAGGUGCUUUAUAGGUUGCAACAUGCACUUUGUGUGAAGUUAUUGACGCCUCAGAGUGUAAAUAAGAUUUUUUUUGUUGAUGUGUUGGGUGAGACAUCUGUUCAUCAGCACAUGGGCUGCAGAUGUAUCCUUUUGACUAGGUCGAUUUAAGUUUAGGUCGUGUACUGUCACUUUUUGCCAGUUGUGACAUGGGAUUUGACGCAGACUGAUGCAGUCAGAAGUGUUGCGUCCUGUUUUUUUUGGAUCUGAUCCGCCCGGACUGUGAAGGCUCAUUUUUUUAAGUUACUGAAAUAGAACCCCCGACAUCAGGCUUUUUCGUAUGUAUCUACCACCUCUCCAUCUGCCACUAUGUGUCUUGGAAUCGGGACUUGGUUGUAGCAUUGCCAAGCUACUAUCCGCUCUGCGAGAUCAAUUUCUCGUGAAUAUGUUCAUGGGUCUCGAAAACAAUUUGAACGGCCUGCGUUGAAGGUUUUCUAA